CGGUUUAGUCGCUCGCAAGAUGUGUCUCCUAGUGGUUGUGGGAGUGCUAGCGGUAGCAAACGAGCGCGUGGAUAGCCAGAGCUUCCCUCCAGGGUUCCAGUUCGGCGCCGCCACCUCCGCCUACCAAAUCGAAGGCGGCUGGAACGCAAGUGACAAAGGCGAGAGCAUCUGGGACCGCAUGGUCCAUUCUCGCCCGGACUUCAUAGACGACCGCAGCAACGCCGAUGUGGCAUGCGACUCCUAUAACCUGUGGGAGGAAGACCUGCGACUGGUGCAGGAGAUGGGAUUAGACUUCUACAGGUUCUCUAUAUCCUGGCCCCGCCUGCUGCCGCACGGCUUUAGCAACAAGAUCAGCGAAGAUGGCCGUCGGUACUACAAUGCUGUCAUCGAUGGGCUGCGGGCGCGCGGCGUCGCGCCUGUAGUCACGCUCUACCACUGGGACUUGCCGCAGAGACUACAGGAUCUCGGAGGCUGGACGAACCCCCUCAUAGUGGAGUGGUUCGCUGAUUACGCUCGUGUGGCGUUCACCCUCUUCGCUGAUCGAGUGAGCACCUGGAUCACCAUUAACGAACCGGGCUCCGUCUGCGACGGCGGCUACAGGGGGCUCCUGGCGCCGGGGGUCAGGGACCGCGAGAUCGGGGCGCUGUUGUGCACGAAGCACGUGCUGCUGGCUCAUGCCAGGGCGUAUAGGGUGUACCAGGAGGAGUUUAAGGCGAAAUAUCUUGGUGAAUUGUCCAUCGCGAACCAGGAGAGUUGGUAUGAACCGAAAACUGACCAAGACAUGGAAAUUACUUUACUAGCGAGAGAAUAUUCAUUCGGGCGUUACUCGCACCCCAUCUACUCCGCCGCCGGGGGUUGGCCUCCCGCUCUGGAGAGGUACAUGGCAGAUAACAGCAAGAAGGAGGGGUACCCCCGCUCAAGGCUCCCGGCGUUCACCCAAGAUGAGAUACAACUUGUGAAAGGAUCGUUUGACUUCUACGGUCUGAACCAUUACACGUCGCGCGUGGUGCGCGCCGCGGCCCCCGGCGAGUCUCUGUCGCGGCGCGCGGGCGUCGCCGCCGAGGAACUGGGCGCCGCGCUGGAGACCAGGCCCCACUGGAAAACUGCCGCGUCUUCCUGGUUAAAGGUGAAUCCGGAAGGCCUCCGUAACCUCCUGAAGCUGAUCAAGCAGCAGUACGGAGACGUGAAGAUCCUGAUCACAGAGAACGGAUACUCCGACACCGGCCACCAGCUCGACGACCACGACAGGAUCAACUACUACAAAGACUAUUUGGAACAGGUUCUCCUGGCCGUCACCGAGGACGCGGUGCGGGUGGUCGGCUACACGGCCUGGUCCCUGCUCGACAACUUCGAGUGGACUAGUGGAUACACGUCGCGCUUCGGCCUGUAUUCCGUGGACUUCACCUCGCCGAUGCGGCCCCGCGCCGCGCGCGCGUCCGCGCGGUACUACACGAGCGUGGUCCGCGCGCGCGCCCUACGCGUCACACGUGUUGCUGACACACACAACGCCACGGCGUAGAUACGUAGUAGCUCAUGCAACAUACAUGUUCACCAUCCAUAAUACAUGUUGUGUCAUUAAAACGCUUUUUUAACGCGCGUUGAAAAAGCUCUCGCGAGUAAGGGCCUUACUUUAUUCUUUGUAUGUUAUUUUUUGUCUCUUUUCUUCUUGUAUGUUACUUUCCGUGAUUCUUCUCACCUGAUGGUCUCAUCGGAAGAUCAGCGCUGGAAGCCACCAGCAACAUGCUGAGAUGAGGCCAUUUCGUGGGACUUUAAUCUUAUUUUAUGUUUUCUUUUAUAUUAUGUAAUGUUUGUUUGUGCUUA